UCCUUUUGGGUUUUCGUUGUAGUUUUCGCUGAAGAACAGUCUGUUCUCUCUCUCUCUCUCUCUCAGCUCGCUCGAUCUACCAAUUCCACAGACGAAGAGAAUUCAAAGGCAAAAUCGGUCAUCUCCUUCUCUGUCUCUCUCUGAUUCAAGCUUUAAGGAGAUGAAAGAGAGUAGAGAUGGAACCAGACCCGACAGAGCUUCGAAAUCCUCAUCCGCUAGCUCACUUCCCCUCAUUCUGGACAUAGAAGACUUUAAGGGCGAUUUUUCAUUUGAUGCGUUGUUUGGAAACUUGGUCAAUGAUCGGCUACCAUCCUUCCAAGAUGAAGAAGCAGAUUCAGCAGAAGGGCAUGGCGGUGGCAAUGAGUUUUUGGCGAAUGGGAAUAUUAGAACUGAUUCUAAGUCGGCACAGGGACUCUCUGCUCCUUUGUUUCCCGAGGUCGAUGCUCUCUUGACCCUGUUCAAGGAUUCCUGCAGGGAGUUGGUUGACCUCAGGAAGCAGAUUGAUGGGAGACUCUAUAAUCUCAAAAAGGAGGUGUCUGCUCAAGAUUCUAAACACCGGAAGACUCUUUCUGAGCUCGAAAAAGGUGUGGAUGGCUUAUUUGAUAGCUUUGCGAGGUUGGAUUCCCGUAUUUCAAGCGUUGGCCAGACUGCUGCAAAAAUAGGAGAUCAUCUCCAGAGUGCAGACGCUCAGCGUGAAACUGCAAGUCAGACAAUUGAUCUUAUAAAGUAUUUGAUGGAGUUUAACGGCAGUCCCGGUGACCUAAUGGAGCUUUCACCUCUCUUCUCUGACGACAGUCGUGUUGCGGAGGCAGCUUCCAUUGCACAGAAGCUGCGAUCGUUUGCCGAAGAAGAUAUUGGAAGACAAGGCAUAGCAUCAUCAAUGGUGGGAAAUGCAGCUGCUAGCAGAGGUCUAGAAGUUGCGGUUGCUAAUCUCCAGGAUUAUUGCAAUGAAUUGGAGAACAGAUUGUUAGCUCGGUUUGAUGCUGCAUCACAGAGAAGAGAACUUUCUACAAUGGCUGAAUGUGCCAAAAUUUUAUCUCAGUUUAACCGGGGCACGAGUGCAAUGCAGCAUUAUGUGGCAACACGUCCAAUGUUUAUUGACGUUGAGGUCAUGAAUGCAGAUACAAGACUGGUUUUAGGUGACAAUAGUUCUCAAGUUAGUCCUAACAACGUUGCUCGUGGACUCUCCUCUCUGUACAAAGAAAUCACAGAUACGGUGCGUAAGGAAGCAGCCACGAUAACAGCUGUAUUUCCGUCCCCCAACGAUGUUAUGUCAAUUUUAGUUCAGAGAGUGCUGGAGCAGCGAGUUACAGCCCUCCUGGACAAACUAUUAAUUAAGCCAUCUCUUGUGAAUUUACCACCUAUGGAAGAAGGCGGACUCUUAUUGUAUCUUAGAAUGCUGGCAGUGGCAUACGAGAGGACACAAGAACUUGCUAGAGACUUGAGAGCUGUCGGCUGUGGGGAUUUGGAUAUUGAAGGGCUCACCGAGUCUUUAUUUUCUUCACACAAGGAUGAGUAUCCUGAACAUGAGCAAGCCUCUCUUAGACAACUUUACCGAGCGAAGAUGGAGGAAUUGCGUGCUGAAAGCCAGCAGAUGUCCGAAUCAUCUGGGACAAUUGGGCGUUCUAAAGGAGCUUCAAUAGCAUCUUCACACCAGCAAAUUUCUGUUGCUGUUGUAACAGAGUUUGUUCGUUGGAACGAAGAAGCAAUAUCCAGAUGCACCUUGUUUUCCUCUCAGCCAACCACACUAGCAGCCAAUGUGAAAGCAGUUUUUACUUGCCUUCUAGACCAGGUUGGUCAAUAUAUAACAGAAGGGCUUGAUCGGGCAAGGGACAGCUUAACUGAAGCUGCAGCUUUAAGGGAAAGGUUUGUCUUGGGGACCAGUGUCAGUAGAAGGGUGGCUGCUGCAGCUGCUUCUGCUGCGGAAGCUGCUGCUGCUGCUGGUGAAAGCAGUUUCAGAUCAUUCAUGGUUGCUGUGCAGCGUAGUGGUAGCAGUGUGGCUAUAGUACAGCAAUAUUUUGCAAAUUCUAUAUCUCGGCUAUUACUACCCGUUGAUGGGGCACAUGCUGCUGCUUGUGAAGAAAUGGCAACAGCGAUGUCGGGUGCUGAAGGUGCUGCUUACAAGGGUCUUCAGCUGUGCAUUGAAACUGUUAUGGCUGAGGUUGAGCGGUUGCUGUCAGCUGAACAGAAGGCGACAGAUUAUCGGUCACCAGAUGAUGGAAUUGCACCUGAUCAUCGCCCAACGAAUGCCUGCACUCGGGUUGUGGCUUACCUUUCUCGUGUGCUUGAAGCUGCAUUCACUGCAUUAGAAGGUCAAAACAAGCAAGCAUUCCUCACUGAACUGGGAAACCGUUUGUAUAAAGGGCUGUUAAGUCAUUGGCAGAAGUUCACCUUUAAUCCCAGCGGAGGACUUCGGCUGAAGCGUGACAUAACUGAGUAUGGUGAAUUUGUUCGUAGCUUCAAUGCUCCCACCGUCGAUGAGAAGUUUGAGUUGUUGGGAAUCAUGGCCAAUGUGUUUAUUGUUGCUCCUGAGAGUCUCUCCACUCUGUUUGAGGGGACGCCCAGCAUUCGGAAAGAUGCACAGAGGUUUAUUCAGCUGAGGGAGGAUUACAAGAGCGCAAAACUUGCAACGAGGCUAAGCUCCUUAUGGCCGAGUUUGAGUUGAUAGUGAAGAGACCUAUUCAUCUGCUGUUGACCUAAAAGAUUAUUAAUUCAUUCAAAGUCAGGUAUUUACUCAGGCGAACUAAGGAGGAGUUGAUCUGGUCUUGGUUUCUUGUGGUAGGGUCACAGAGAGAGAGAGAGAACACCAAUUUGACAUCCAACUAGUAGUGUGGGUGGUUGGCACUGUUGGGACAGAAGAGGUGAAUGAGCAUAUUAAGGAAGGUUUUUCCUCACUCUUUUUUCUUUUUUUUUUUUUAAAUUCUUUCCUUUUGCGAGUGUAAAUUUUUUGAGCUUUGGGACAUGUGGAUAGAUGAUAUGCAUUUACACUAAUGUGUGUCCUUUGAUUCUUCCACUCAA